AGGAGGGUUGGCAAGCCUGGCCCAAUAUGGCGACGAGGGACGUGGGCAGCGACUCAUCCCUUGUUGCUAAUGGUCGUCUCCCGCCACCCUUGUGUUAGGUGAGGCCCUACCCGCCCCCUGCCCCGGUGUCCCGUGGUCAGGUGAGCGGGGCCAGGUAGCCAUGGACAGCUGUGGCGGGUGUGGGUCAGGAGGUGAGGGAGACCGGCUCCCUCCCACUGCCCCCACACUGCCCCACACCUCCAGGGACAAGGACAGGACCAAGAAAUCCACUGAAAAAUUGCUCACAGCGGCUGGAGACCAGUGGAGCCAAGAAGAGAACAGUGAGGACGCAUCGGGCCGUGUGGGACUGCCACCCAUUACCAACGGGGUUGGUGGGAGCGGUGUGAAUGGCCUGCACCUGGAGCAUGGCGGGACGGCCAGCCAGUCAAUGCUCAACAACAACCUGGUGGAGGAGAAGUGUAACCUGCGCCGCGCUGACGACAAGACGCUCUGCCUCUACCACAAGUUCCCAGCCAAAGUGAACAACAACGUUUACCCUGAGGGAGGCGCCCCGGCCAGGGACGGCAUGGAUGAGUACUUCCAGAGCCAUCAUGGUUCUCCAAGCCGGCCAUCUGCCCUGCCCCCGGCUCGCCGCAACGGCCUGAGUCCUGGCCGGGAACAGCUGAACCUCCUCAAUGGAGAGGAGGAAGAUGAGGACGAUGGCUGCAUCUACUCUUACAAGGGGGAGAGCCUGGAGGCCAACCUCUCCCACCUCAUUGACAUGUGCCUCAGCUGUGGGCUGCCCAACCCCGAGCGUGCUGCAGUGCGUUCAGGAGCCCUGAGGGGUCCUGAGGGGCCCGCUCACAGCAACCUCUUCUCCCCUGAAAUGGACUUCCUGGAGAUGGACUUUGAUCCAGGGCCAGGUGGGGAUGGGGAGGCAGACUCAGACUGUGAAGACAACUGCCUGCAUGAGUGUGAUAGUAGGUUAGGACAGGGCGGGGUGGCUGGACCCCCCAGCCCUGGGGUGGCCCACAAGGCCAACAACUACUGCCCUGAGAUGCUGAGCCUCAUGUGCCGCCGCUGUGAAUCAAGCCUCUGUGAUGGCAAGAUUGAUAAUGUGGCCCCAAACCUCAGUGUGGCCCCGGCACCCGCAGCCCCGCCCCUCAACAUUGGCCGGGGGCCAAGUGCUGGCCUGGACCAUAGACCUGAGGGACCAGGAGGAGUCCUCAACCUCCCCAGAAGUGGCCUCAAUCUUCCACAGGACUUGAAUGUUGGACUGAACCAGCUGUGUGGGGGUCAGGGCCUGGGUAGGUUACGGUCAGGGGAGGAGGAGGAGGAGGAGGAUGCCCCAGACAACGAUAGUGUGGAGAACAACAUGCUGGACACCAUGGAUCACCUCAGCGACGACGCCGAUGACGAGGACGACAGCAACUCGGAGAAAUAUGAACCACGGAGGCCGGUGGGGAGCAGGAUGUCCGGCGGCGGCGGCGGGCAGAGCAGGUGCUGGCGUGGCUCACCCAGGGACUCACUGGCACGGACACCCCACAAGGCAGCCAACAACAACCUGGGCUCAGUCUCUGCCCCGGAAGUGAGCCCAGCCAGGGAGUACAGUCCACUGGAGAAGUUUGGCCGCAGCCUCAGUUUCCACAACCAACUUUCUAGCCCUAAGUAUGAGAAUGUGUGCUUUGCCCCGCGUCCCCGACGGGAGGAGCGGCCUUCUCAUCGCCCCGCUGAAGACCCUGAGCUGUCCCAGGCAGACUCUGCAAACAUAGCAGCCUGCUCAGGGAGGCUUCACCGCAGGGAGAACUCAGUCUUCAACAUCCUCUCUGACUCCACAGCCUCACAGAGUGGGAACUGCAGUCCCCAGGGACCAGGCAGCAGCAGUGUUGGUGAGAUGAAUGGAGGGCCACUGGUUGGUCCCUCCAGCACCACCACCACUGCCACCACCACCACCACCACCACCACCACCUCAUCAGCUAGUCAGACCCCAUCCUUGAGGCACAUAGGCCCCGUCACCCCACUGCUGAAGGCACCCCCAGACACCGGGUCUCCCACCUCCUGCCCCAUGAAGAGUGGAGGCAACUCAGAUCCAUGCCCCUUGCCGGUCAAGUCCCUGCGGCCCAAGAACACCAACCCCUCACAAGACCCCAAUACGGCUAGUGAGGGUGAGGGAGGCGGUGAGGACAGCUGCCCGCGGGUGAAGAAGGUUAUGAUCUGGACAGAGCUUCAGGCAACGGCCAGACAAGUCACACAAAUCGCUACCUCAGCCUGUGGAGCCACGGCUGUCAUCAAUGUGCUGCUCGCUGUGGAUUACGGCUUCUCUGUGGAGGAGGUGAAGAGCAGCAUCAAGACCCGGCUGAGGGCAGAGAUGGCUCCCCUGGUGGACUACCUCCUGUCUCGCUCAGUGGCCGGCACAACUCACCAAGACCUCAUUCAAGGGGUGACUCAACUCUCUCAAGGUGCUAUCAAAGCAAAGUUCUUCCAUAUGUUCCCCAAGCGAGCUGUCCAGCUGUCCCGAUGGCUGGCCCAGUGGAUCAACAGAGGCGGAGUGCCAGUGGCUACUCUCAACUUACAAGUAGGGGUGGCCCCCGGGCAGACCAUCCCUGAUGCAUGGCACCACCAGAUGAUCUUUGGGGUGGGACCACAGGGUGUUUACCUCACCAACCCAUUGGAGUGUGUUUCUGACUGCAUGCUUGGGGACCAGCUCUGCACUGACUCUGUGCUCCUUGUGCGGCGAGCUGAUGUGGUGAACAGGUGGGGCAAUGGGGACAAGUUAGUGAGACUAACGCAGCAGGAGGACCCUCGGUGGAGGGACAUGAAUGUGCUAGGUCAAGUGGUGGGUGUACUAAAGGAACAAGCGGCCCCUCCCGUGGUGCAGGGCCGCCGCCACCUCACCUCCCAUGUGGCCAUCCCAGCAGCUUACAAGUCUGGCGUGACAAUAUUCAUGCGGUCUGAUAACCCGCACCUUCCUACCCUGAUGCAGGCGGAGGACCUUCCUCUGCUGGAGUGAUGCAGUGCUCAUGCAGCUUCCUUCAUGUGAGUAGGCAACUUUGUCUUAGUAGUGAAAACCUUGUUAUUCAAGAGCCGAGGUGGAGGGAGACCUUGCCGUUCACUGGACUGCUAAGUGACGCACAGGACGCCUCUCCUUGGUGCAGUGAUCAGCUUUUGUGAUAGUUUGUCAUUCCUUUUGGAAUUGCAACGUACAUCUUAAAGAAAUUCCAGCUGGUUCAACUAACUUGCCCAUCUCCCCAGGUUUUUAUAUUUUUCCCAUGUAGAGUCAUAGGAAUUAUGUAAUGUUUGAUGUUAUUUGGUUUUAAGUAUGAGCUAAUUAAUACUUUUCAUUGAACACUUGUUAAAGCUUUUCAAAAGAUGUAAAGACCUUUGCAUUCUAAAACAGUAUCAUGUUUGACUUGAGUCAGAAGUAAACACCUUACAUCUGUCUUGAAAAUCUUGAACUUGGGACAAUAUAAGAUGGUUGUGAAAGCUUUCUGUAUUAGGGACAGACUGCCAGCAGCUUCAACAGUGGCACUAUUGUAAUGAGGAAUGGUAGGAGUCAUCCUGAAUUAUUUUGUACUGCAGUUGCAUCACCACUGCUUAACACUUGCCACUGUACAGAACUGGAGCUUACUCAAGUGUAUAGGGCAUGCAGACAAUAAUAUAAGUUUCCCUUUUUUUUAUUUCCAUAUUUAAUUGCUCUUUUUUGAGGGCAGUGUAUCAUAAUUUACAUACCUGUAAAUAUGAAGAUGCCAAAAUCAAAGUUUAUAUAUGUUAAGGUAUGAUUUGAGCUUUAUUUUGUUGCCAUAUCUUGCUAUUAUUUUAAAAUAUUGGAUCUCUCUCUCUCUCUCUCUCUCUCUCUCUCUCUCUCUCUCUCUCUCUCAGUCCCUACCAAUCAUUGUUGGGCUGUGUACAGGAUACCCAGUCUUCGUCUUCUCAUUUACCGCCACGUCCUAACCCACAUUUCAUUAUCAUCCAUUGUAAAACUCAUACUAGGGAAAGUGUAACAAAUUAAUGAAAGGAAAGAGUCAAUAACUCCUGGGAAGCAAACCCCAUACCACAAGGUUAUAGGUGCAAUGGUCUGACUGAGGGGGUGGAAAUGUGAUCACUUGGUAGCUGUUCAGUUAAUGAGUUAAUGAGCCUCAUAUACAACCAUGUUUCUAUUCCAUUCAUACCGUGUACAUACAAGCACUGUGGAUUCAUUCAUCUCAGUAAUAGUCUAAAUGCAUGUUACCUGCAAUUAAUUGGCUUGACUAAGACCAGCUAAGCAAAGCAAGGCAAGGGAAACAUCAGCUCUACAUUUUGGGUCCUAUAUGUGAGAUGUUCCAUUCAUAACAUUAGCAUUUUAUAUCUAACAAUCUGGUGAUCUUGUCAACAAGUCCAGCCUUUUUUUUGACAUGUUUAACUUCUCACUGCAGGUAACAAGGAUACCUAUUAUGCAUAGAACUUCAACUCAUUUAUGUCAGACUGGAGAUAUUGAAGAUACACAUUGAAUUUAGUGUUGCAGUCUGUAAAUCAAUCCAGUGAGUGUAUGUGUGCUGGGAUGCUACAUGUAAGGAAAUUUGUCAACUGUUCAUCUGAUGAAUAUUCAAAAUGACUGAAUUUUCCAGGUCCUCUUUACAAUGUUACUUUCAGCCAGCUUUCAGGUAUUUCAGAUAAUGCAGUUACCUUAUUUCUUGAGUGUACCCUGAAGCCCCAGUGACUGGUUCAGUUUGUAAGAGCCACUGUUGGUUAUAGCACGUGGUGUGGUUGUAAUAGAGCUAACCAGACAAAAUAAUGUAUCUACUGUUAAAUCUUCAGAUGUGUUAAUGAGGCAUUUUUUAAAGGCCACACUUUUCAAGAUUUAAGUGUUCAGAAGCAAACUUUUGGAUUUUAUAAAGCAUGCAAAGUUUAGCACAUUUAAAUUAAUGUUUAAAAUAUUUUGAAGUGUAGAAGUUCUUUCUUGCAUUAUUCUACACCAUCUCAUGUAAAUCAAAGUGUUAUUGAUGAACCAGUUUCUGCAGCAGCAGUUGACACCAGUGUGUGGCCUCUAUCAAAGAUGCUUUUAGCUUCCAUAUGGGUUUAAACCUGGGUCUCUUGUCAUCCCAUAAAUGCAAAAUCACUAUUCACUCUAAAUAAAGAAUAUUUAUUUUUUA